GUGGCAGCCAGAAAAAAAGUUUGUGAUUGUCAAGCUUGUAAAAUGUUAAUGAUCGUUUUAGAUAUUUAUUUUUAAUAAAAUCUGAUAAUAUGGGAACCGAAGUUGCUAUAUCUUUUAGUUCUUUACGAGCUCAACUAGAGAGUGAGAAGAGUAGUUUGUUUAAGAUAGAUGAAAAUAUAAAGAAAAUUGUACAAACAUCCGGACGGUUUACCGAUAGAUUUAACGCAUCAGGAGAUUACACAAGAGGCGGCUCGCGGCAGGCAGGUCGGAAUUUAUACCCAGACGUAGCUAAUAACUAUAAAAACGAAGACCAAACACGGCGCAAACAUGAAACCAAAACUGUGUUUAGCAGACUGUCAGGGCGCCACGACAGCGAUGGCGAGGAAGACGGGCCGGGCGCAAAACGCGCGCGCGUCCCGUCCGCCGUGUGUCGCGAGUUGCCAUCGCGCGCUGCGGUGUUACGCGCUCAAGGGGACGACGAGCAGGCGCGCACCAGGAACCGGAGAAUCUUCGGCUCUCUGCUGGGGACCCUGCAGAAGUUCAAACAGGAGGAGAUUGUGCUGCAGACUAAGGAAGACAAGAAAGCUCAAGUGGAAAGAAAGAUAGAAGAGCAAGCAAGACAAGAAAAGGAAAGAGAGCAGAAGGAAAGAAAAACAUUAUUCGCAGAGCGGGAACACAAGAAAGCCACCAUCAAAGCCCUAGAAGCAAAGAUGGCGCGCGUCCAAGAGUUUGAAAAAUGGGAAGCUUCACAGCAGUGUCUAGGGAACUUCAUACUGACCAAAGCGAGGCCUAAUGUGUACUGGAUGCCAAAGAAAAUGUCUGAGAAGGCCCAGGAAAAGCUGGACGCCAGUAGAAAGUAUCAUGAAAAGUGCAUGUCUCGCAAACGGCUAGAGCUUCAGGACGAGCUGCGCAGAAUAGAACAGAAAUGUCUGCGUCCGCGCACCUUCGCCGCUAAAGAGAACGCGCAGGUGGCCCACGGGGGCGACCGGGGGCCCGGGGCGGACGCCGGGGCACAGGGGGAUGUGGGGGAGGGGGAGGGGGACAGGGGGCAUCGGAGAGACAAGUUCGCGAUGGACGUGGAUGAAAAGGAGGGGGAGGAUAGUGAUGGUGAAGAGCGACACGAGGGGGAAAAAGCUGUUAAAGAGGAGAAAGUGGUUAAAGAGGAAAAAGGUGUUAAAGAAGAAAAGGGUGCUGAAAAGGAGAAAGAAUUGGAUCAAAGUAAAAUGGACACCAGCGUUGAACCGGACGCGUCGAUGGAAGUGGAUGACACUAACAUUAACGGCACUAACGAGACCAACACUAAAAUCCCUAACGACACUAACACUAGCACUAGCGUCACUAACGACACCAGCGUCACUAACGACGUUGUUAAUUCAGGCGAAGUUAUUACGGUACCAGAAUAAACAGAACUGUAUCCCUAUAGAUCCAUAACUCAACAGUUACGCUACGAACUGAUACACCAAAGGUAUGUGGCAACAAAAGGAAUCGAAAAUGGCGGCGUUAAUCAUUGCCUCUCAGCUAUACGCACACCUGUGCACAGAGUGUGAGUGAGAGGGAAUAAUAAGUGUCGCCAUUUUUGAUUCGUCUCUUUAUUGAUACAUUUUUUUGGGGAUUUAAAUUGCACGAGCCUGGAGAAGAAAGUGUAAAUGCCAUUUAAGGACAGUCAUCAAGCGAAAUCUUUAUACAAACUUAUGGUCCAUGGGCAAAUCAAAAUCAUCAUUCGUUAAACAAAGAAAUUAGCUUGAGAUCAUUAGGUACUAUGGAAUGUUUGUAUGUCACCGAGAUCUAUACCAAAAUGAUGCUAAAAAUUAUGAAAGAAUUAAAUCUUAAUGAAAUAUGUAAUUGUAAAAUCUUUUUUUACCAAAAGUGCAGUUGAAUGUGUUUUAGACGAUAUACUUUAAAUCGAAAUGAUAUUUAGAUCAAUUGAAUUAGCGCAUAACCGAGUACAAUCUGACAAGGCUCUUUUGACACUUGAGUGAGGGCGCUGUUGUAGUUUUAUGUCGACACAGCGAACUAUCAACAAGUGCACUUCUCAAGACGGCGGCUUUAGUUCCGAUUUUGGCCACGCGCCAAAAGAGCCUUGUCGGACUUUUGGAGCCUACAGGCUCCUCUACCGGUGCGGGACGGGUGACAGCUGUCACUGACGAAUCGUAUAAUAUUGUAGUCUUUGGACGAAUCAUCAUCGCACCCUCCCGCACCGCUCCACUAACGCAGGAACCUGCUCAGUUAUAUGUUAUGCCUAUAAUUUCACCGAGUGUGCAUAUGAGAGCAAAAUGAAAUAGCACAUUUGGGCACGCCCACUUGUGUGUUGUGGAGCCCUGCCCUUAUAAUAUUGCCUGUCCUUAAAUGAAACCUUAAAAUAACUCAAAA